UCAUCCUUGGGAAAAUGCUCCAGAGACAUGAAGACUUUAGUUAGGACGCAAUCAAGAUUCCUUAGUACUCUGCCUUUCUAAGAAAAAAGGAAACAAAAUCUGUUUUCUUUUUAAAAAAUCAAAUCAACAAAAAAUAAAGCUGGAAAAUCAAGCGUCAUGAGUUCAGAUACAGAUGUAAACAAAAGUGCCUCUCCAAGUGCCUCCCCAAUUGCCCAGGAACAGCCAGAGGAACCUGAUGGCCCCCUUCCUGGCUCAGCCAGUGACCAACAAAAACAAGUAAGAUUUUCUCCAGUCAAAAUGUCAACCAAGAAUUCUACAGAUCUCGUUGAAUAUGUUGACAAGAGUCAUCCUUUUCUUCCCAUCAUUCCAAACACCCAGAGAACUCAACUAGAAGACAGACUGGAUAGCCAGGAGCGUACCGUAGCUUUCCUCCUCGAGCAAGCCUUCCGCAUCAAGGAAGACAUUUCGGCUUGUCUACAGGGGACCCACGGCUUUCGAAGAGAGGAAUCACUUGCCAGGAAGUUACUGGAAAGCCACAUCCAGACCAUCACCAGUAUCGUCAAAAAACUCAGUCAAAACAUUGAGAUUUUAGAAGACCAAAUAAGAGUUCGAGAUCAGGCGGCCACAGGAACUAAUUUUGCAGUACAGGAGAUGAACAUCAAACAUCUACAAGGAGUUGGAGAUCUUCGAGGAAGAGUAGCCAGAUGUGAUUCAAGCAUUGUAAAGCUUUCUGGAGACAUUCACUUCAUCAGACAAGAGUAUCGGCAAAUUGAGAAAGCAAUCCAAGAGCUUGUGUCUGCCCUAGAAACUCUUUCCAAGAACUUUGAUAUGAAGGUAACACAGCUCUUAGGAAAGAUAGAGACUGCCGGUUCUGAGCAAACCUCAAAUUUAAAGAUGGUCCAGGGGGAUUAUCGCCAUGAAAUGAGCCUUCUGGAAUUCAAGUUUAAUUCACUUUCAAGUAAUCUGUAUGAAGAAAUUGAGAGUAAUCAAAAAUGGACAGAAAACCAGUUCAUCAAAUAUGGAAAAGACCACCUGGACCAUAUCAAUGAGUGUCUGAAUGUCCUGCAGGAGAAACUGGAAAAGUCUGAAAAUAAAAUAGGAGAAAAAUUGCAGCAGCUUUCAAGCAAAUUUGAGAAUUUCAUCAAUACAGAGAAACAGGAAGCAGAACUAAGCAAAGUAAAACGCAUAGAAAAUAAAUUGACCAAGAAGAUGAAUCAAAUGGAAAAACAGAUCUGGGGUGAAUUAGAGAAAAUGCAGAAUGAGUAUCAGUCAGGAUUUCAAUCGAUUCAUGACUCUCUGACCUCCCUCCAACAAAUACAGAAAACAAAGAUGGAUUUAGAGAAACAUAAAUUACAGAAAGACCUAAGGAAAUUACAGCGUAAGAUAGUGGAACUUCAGGAACUAUAAGUCUGUUGUUCAGUCAUCAUCUUUUUUGCCAGCCAAUGGAAUGGUUUGUUGGGAAAAGUUCUGAAGAAGACAGUUGAUAUCUCUGGGAUGUUUACUUUAAUGUCUGUGUAUUUCUUACCACCUUUUAUGGAGAUGAACAUGCCAGAAAAAGAAACAAAAAAAAAAGAAGCUU